UGCAGUAGACAGGCGGGCGUCACUCAGGUGGGCUCACAGGGAGGCCAGGGAGGAACACAGAGUAGAUACUGGCCAGGUGACAGACACAUGGGAAGCAGAAGGAGAGGAGACCAGCCAAGCACAGCAGCUUUUACCUGUCCAGGGAAGAAACGACAAGAAGUCAGCACCUGUGUGUUGACCUGAGAACAGCUAAGUGCAGAGAAGGUCAAUCUUCCUGAUCCUGUCCAGGUGAGAAGGAGGUCGUGAGAUCAUUGUGAUGUCGUGCCAGGCGUUCAGCACGGACUCCUUCACCACCCUAGCAGGAGACUCCCUGCCCCUCCUCAUGCACCACGCCUCCGCUGCCGACUGCCUGCCCUCCUCCGCCUCCACACACACACACAUGGUGUCUGCAGUCCCGUCAGGUCUGUCUCUCCUCCAGUCCUCCAAGCGUUCCCACAUGCACCUCUCCACCUCCACCCUUGGCAACGCUCUCAGCAACGGUCCCCCCGGCCUGCACUACCCCGUCACACCCUGUCACUAUAGCAACCAACAGACCACUUACGGCAUGAUGGCAGCUCAGGAGAUGCUGUCUGCCAGUAUAUCUCAGACCAGAAUCCUCCAGACCUGCAGCGUCCCACACCCCAACAUGGUCAACGGAGCAAACACACUGCAAGGUUCAUUGGCCCCUUGUCUGUAUAAGUUUCCAGAGCAUGGUCUGGGUGGGGGGUCGUGCUCUCUGAGCCACAGUUUCCCCCCACUGCCCCCUGCCGUGCUGUCUGAGGAGCCGCCCCUGGGGGGCACUAAGGACCUCCGCCUUAGGAGCCGGCCACCAGAUGACCCCCCCGACAUGGACUCACCUCAGAUACGAGAGCUGGAGAAGUUUGCCAACGACUUCAAACUCCGCAGGAUCAAACUGGGGUACACCCAAACUAACGUUGGAGAGGCUCUGGCUGCGGUGCAUGGCUCAGAGUUCAGCCAGACAACCAUCUGUCGCUUUGAGAACCUGCAGCUGAGCUUCAAGAACGCCUGCACGCUAAAGGCCAUCCUGGCCAAGUGGCUGGACGAAGCAGAGCAGGCCGGGGCUCUGUUUAAUGAUAAAAUGGGCAUGAAUGAGCGUAAGAGGAAACGAAGAACCACUAUCAGUCUGGGGGCUAAGGAGGCAUUGGAGCGUAGUUUCGGGGAGAAGAUCAAGCCCUCAUCUCAGGAGAUCGUCCGUAUGGCCGAGGGGCUACACCUGGAGAAGGAGGUGGUCCGGGUCUGGUUCUGUAAUCGUCGGCAACGAGAGAAACGGGUCAAGACCAGCCUUCACCACAGCUCCUACCUGACCAAGGACAGUCCUACCUAUAGAUAACCCUAGCCCCUAUCUGUCCCCCAAUGCCAAAAAACCUUGAGUUCGGGUGUGACCUCAUUCUUUAUUGGACCAAAAGCAUAUUGUUCUUCAAGUUCCUGCAGCCUACUACUAUUUCUCCCAGAAGUGCCUAAACCAACGAAUAACAAUUUAUGAUUCCAUGUCUGGUCGUUGUAAAAACAAAUGAUACUAAUACAUUCCCAUGUGUCUUUAUUAUGAUUUAUUUAUCUGAAAUAUAAUAUAUAAAACUGAAUCAUUAUGAAUGUGAACAUCUAAUUUAUUGACAGAUGUGUUUUCAAGUCAGAGACAUCUUCAACACAGAGAGAGAACGAUAUAGAGACAUUCUCAGACAUUUUGAUAUGUAAGAAAUCAAAACGCAAUGUCCCAGUUGCACAUGUCAUUUUUUUCAUACGUACUGAUUUCUUGAUGCAUUUCCCAUGAAUAAAUACAUACAAACCAA